AUGUCCAUCACCCCAGGCCGAGGUCAUGGGGGUCUUAACCAACUAGGCGGCAUGUUUGUGAACGGGCGCCCGCUCCCAGAGGUGAUCCGUCAGCGCAUCGUGGACAUGGCCCAUCAGGGCGUGCGGCCCUGCGACAUCUCGCGCCAGCUCAGGGUCAGCCACGGCUGCGUCAGCAAGAUCCUCGGACGGUACUAUGAGACGGGCAGCAUCAAGCCUGGUGUGAUUGGCGGCUCCAAGCCCAAGGUGGCCACUCCUAAAGUGGUGGAGAAGAUAGCCGAGUACAAGAGGCAGAACCCCACCAUGUUCGCCUGGGAGAUACGCGACCGCCUGCUGGCCGAGGGGGUAUGUGACAGCGACACAGUGCCCAGCGUCAGCUCCAUCAACAGAAUUAUCAGAACGAAAGUGCAGCAGUCUUUCAACCUGCCUCUAGACACCAAAGGGCUGAGUCCUGGACACACACUGAUCCCCAGUUCAGCGGUGACGCCUCCCGAGUCUCCCCAGUCUGACUCCCUGGGCUCCACAUACUCCAUCAGCGGCCUCCUGGGCAUCCCCCAGCCUGGCACAGACGCCGCCAAGCGCACCCAUGAAGACAGUGACCAGGAGAGCUGCCGGUUGAGCGUGGACUCCCAGGGCAGCGGUGGUGGGCCCCGUAAGCAGCUGCGUGCCGACCACUUCCACUCCGCCGUAUCGCAGCACCUGGACUGCGGCUUCGAGCGCCACCACCACUAUCCCCCCGACUCCUUCGCCGCCCCCACCGCCGCCGGCAAAGCCGAACAGGCCCUCUAUCCGCUUUCCCUCAUCAAUGGAACCUUAGAGGAUGGCAAGAGUGGCCUCUCAACAUCGAGCGCAGCCAUUGGUCGAAACCUGGCGCACCAGGGCUACACCGUGGUGGCAGACCCGCACCAGCCCCUCCCACUCUGCCUGAAACAGGAAGUGUCGCCGGGGGUGACCAGCACAAGCCCCUCCUCCUCCACCACCACCACCUCCCCCAGCCUCAUAGCCUCAAACUCCGCCUUCCUGGACCUGCCAGCCAAUCAGGCUCCGUCGUCUGUCGGCGUGGGCGGUGGCAGUUGUGCGAGCGCCUCCCAUUUCUCCCAUCAUGCCUUCAACUCAUUCUCCCAUCAUGCACCAGUGUAUGGGCAGUUCGGCAGCCAGUCGCUCAUCACAGGGAGGGAUAUGGUGAGCUCCAGUCUGCCUGGCUAUCCUCCUCACAUCCCCUCCGCUGCUCAGAGUGGAUACUCCUCCUCCGCCAUCACAGGCAUGGUCACAGGUGCGGACUACUCUACUCAGACCUACACACACUCCCCAUACACCUCCUACAGCGACGCCUGGAGGUUCACCAACUCAGGCAUCCUCGGCUCCCCGUAUUACUACAGCUCGGCCUCCAGAGCAGGCGCCCCCUCCACGGCUGCCUAUGACCACCUCUAG